AUGGCGGAUGGUAAGAGCGAGAAGCAGGCUACGCUUGGGUAUGUGCGCGACUCUCAAUUGACUAUCGGGCGAUUCUUCGGCUCUAAUGCGAACGCAAGCAACGCACCUAAGAAGCAAACUACAUUAGCAUUUGGUGGGAAGCGGCAAAGAUCAAUCGAGGAUGAUGCCGACAAAUCUGCAGAGCCGGCGACUGAGAAUGAGCCUAAGUCAACUUUGAAUACCGAUGCGCAGGCCGCCGAGUCGAGCAAGGGCCUAAAGCGGGAGAAGGCCGAGGUAGACGAAAGUGAAGAGUUAGAUGUUCAACCUAUCUCUAAGAGGCGGCGCAAAGUGUCCCGGGAGGUAUCUCCUUCCAAGCAGAAGUCGCCUUCUCCGAAGAAAUCUCCCGCCAAAUCCCCUAAGAAAUCUACACCCACUCCAGUCAAAGCUACAGUGGCCACCCCGAGCCCAAUUGUGAAGAAGGCCUCAGGUGAAGAAACACCAGAGGUGGAAAAUGCAUCUAAUAUCCAUGAUGAAGACGCAGUAACGGCUAGCGACGAAGAAGAGGCCAAGCCUGAGGUCAAGAAGAAGACGAUGGCAAAGGUGCAAGCGACAGUGAACGCUAGCGGCAAUGAUCCAUAUCCCGACUGGAAACAAGGCGAGCCUGUGCCGUAUGCCGCACUCUGUACCACAUUCUCUCUAAUCGAGUUGACCACAAAACGACUGAUUAUUCUCGCCCACUGCUCUGCCUUUCUCCAGCAGGUGCUACGCUUGACACCCAACGAUCUACUUCCAACCGUGCAACUUAUGAUCAACAAAUUGGCUGCGGAUUAUGCAGGUAUCGAGCUGGGAAUUGGCGAGUCACUGAUCAUGAAAGCUAUUGGCGAAAGCACAGGGCGCAGCUUGGCAGUAAUCAAAACUGAUCAACAUGAGAUUGGAGAUUUGGGCCUGGUGGCUGCUAAGAGUCGAUCCAACCAACCCACCAUGUUCAAGCCUAAACCCCUCACGGUCAGAGGUGUGCAUGAGGGCUUGCUUGGAAUUGCCAAGGUCCAGGGCCAUGGCUCUCAAGACAAGAAGAUUUCCGGGAUUAAGAAGCUCCUGUCUGCUGCAGACUCUGCAAGUGCUGGGAAAGGUAGCAAGGGAAUUGACAUCACCAAGGACAAGGGUGGACCCAGUGAGGCCAAAUUUUUGAUCCGCUUCCUGGAGGGUAAAUUGAGACUUGGACUUGCGGAGCGAACAGUACUUCCCGCCCUUGCCCAAGCGAUUGUCUCUCACGAGGCUGCCGUCGCUGGUGAAAAGGCUCCCUCCGCGGAGAAGUUAGCUGAAGGUGAAGGGGUUCUCAAGCAGGUCUACAGCGAACUUCCUUCUUACGAAGUGAUUAUCCCUGCGAUGUUGGAGCACGGCCUAUUUAACCUUGCAAGCGUGUGCAAGCUUCAGCCCGGUAUCCCACUGAAGCCCAUGCUUGCGAAACCGACUAAGUCUAUCACCGAAGUUUUGGACCGCUUUGAAGGGAAAGAGUUCACGUGUGAGUACAAAUACGAUGGAGAGCGUGCUCAGAUUCAUUUCGUGGCGCCCGACCAUAUCCAUAAAUACCCGGGGUCUAGCACCACACUACAACAUGACGGUCACGGUCUUUGUGCGAUUUUCUCUCGAAACUCGGAAGAUCUCUCGAAAAAAUACCCUGAUGUGCUGGGGAAGCUGAAAAGCUGGGUGAAGAACGAUGUUAACAGCUUUGUUCUGGACUGUGAAACUGUUGCUUGGGAUACCGUUAACAAAAAGGUGCUCCCCUUCCAGCAGCUGAUGACACGAAAGAGAAAAGAUGUAAAGGCCGAGGAUGUCAAGGUUAAGGUUUGCGUCUACGCAUUCGAUUUACUUUUCUUCAACGGAGAGCCUUGUGUCAAGAAGUCUCUUCGUGAGCGGCGAGAAUUGCUGCAUGAAUGCUUUCAGCCCGUCGAGGGUGAAUUUCAAUUUGCGCAAUUUGGAAAUACCAAUGUUCUUGAUGAGAUUCAAAACCUGCUCGAAGAUAGUGUCAAGGCUUCAUGUGAGGGAUUGAUGGUGAAGAUGUUGGAUACAUCAGAGAGUGGCUAUGAGCCAAGCAAACGGAGUCGCAACUGGCUAAAGGUCAAGAAAGAUUAUCUCGCCGGUGUCGGCGACUCACUUGAUCUCGUUGUUCUGGGGGCUUACUAUGGACGGGGAAAACGUACAUCUGUAUAUGGCGCUUUCCUUCUAGCCGCCUUCAAUCCUAACACCGACACCUAUGAGACGAUCUGUAACAUUGGAACUGGUUUCUCUGAGGCUCUUCUUGAGGAACUUCAUAAGGAACUCAAACCGUUGGUCAUUGACCGGCCCAAACCAUUCUAUUCUCACUCAACCGUUCCUAAGGACCAGCCGGACGUUUGGUUUGAGCCCCGCUUUGUUUGGGAAGUCAAGACUGCUGACUUGACGCUGAGCCCAAGAUAUAAGGCCGCUGCCGAUGAGUUUGAAGGAACAACCGGAGGCGGCAAGGGUGUUUCUCUUCGUUUUCCUCGCUAUAUCAAGGCCCGUGAUGACAAAAAGCCCGAGCAGGCCACCACUACUCGGGCCGUUGCGGAGAUGUACCGAAAGCAAGAGGCGGUGGCCAAGGAGAAUGCGGGCAAGAAAGGUGUAGACGAUGAUUUUGAAUAUUAA